AUGACGAUGCUCGCAUCGACGCCAUCAGCGGAACUGUUGACGUGGAUUCAACAGCGGCCCUUCGCCUCGGCGUUCACGGCGCUCGUCCUCUACAUCACAUACAAGCUCGCAAUCAAGCCCAUCCUGUUUCCCUCACCCUACCGCUACCUUCCACGCCCAGAAAGAGCAUCGUACGUCCUCGGGCAACGGAUGGUCGAAGCCAAAGGACUCACCUACAUCGACGCGGCCACGCAGCAACCUGUGCACGUGAGCGGACCCGGCGAGGUGAACAAGCACUAUGCCCGUUCACUCCGCAGCAACGUCUUCGUCUUUCCCGAACCGUUCGGCGGCGAGACGCUGAUCAUCUCGGAUCCCUUUGCGCUCAACACAAUCCUGUCCGACAUUGACCUGUUCCAAUCCGACCUGCUGCGCUCGUCGAUCAUCGAGUUUAUCGUCGGCAACGGCAUCGUGACGCGCUACGGCGAUGCGCAUCGCAAGCAGCGCAAGCUCAUGGCUCCCGCCUUCACCCCCGCGCACCUCAAGGGCCUCACCCCGACAUUUACAAAGUAUGCUGAUCUGAUGUGUCGCAAGAUUGAGUCUAGCGUUGCUGGUGGGGAGGACAAGGUGGAUUUGGCAGAGUUCCUCGACUGCACGAUGCUCGACAUUAUCGGCGAGGCCGGCUUUGGGUAUCGGUGUGCAGCGCUCGAGAGGGGACGGGGAGGGUCCGAGCUGUCGGCUGCGUUCAACUCGGUAAACCAGGCGGCGAUUGACUUUGGGCCGGGGCGCGCGAUCCAUCUCGGGCUGUCGGCCAUGCUGUACCCGCGUGCCGCGACGUGGCCCUUGUCCGAGGCCAAUCGGCGUAUCCAGAAGGUGAACCGCGUGAUGGACCGAAUCACGAUGCAGAUCGUGCGCGAGGCCAAGCGGAGCGUACAACAGGAGGGCGAAGAUCUGGGCGACAAGAAGGAUCUAUUGAGUCUGUUGAUCAAGAGCAAUCUCGGCGCAGGGGUGCGCGAGAGGAUGACGGACCGCGAGAUCUCGGGGCAGAUCCAGACAUUCAUGUUUGCCGGGUACGAGACAAGUUCGGUCACCACCUCAUGGGCGUUCUACUUCCUCUCGCAGCACGCCGACGUGCAGACCAAGUUGCGCGCGAUCAUCGAACGGGUGCUCCGCGAACGCAAGGGGCUGGCCCUGGACGAGUUCUCCCCGGCCCUGCUGGACUACGACGACGUGUGGUGCGACCAGCUGCAGUACCUCGACUGGAUCCUCGCCGAGACCCUACGCCUGUGCCCGCCCGUGCCCGGAAACGACCGCGAAGCCACCAAAGACGCCGUUCUCCCGCUCAUGACCCCGCUCACCCUCUCCAACGGUACCACCAUCACGCAGCUCCCCAUCACCAAGGGCUCGCGCCUUACGCUCAGCAUCAAGACCGUCAACUACAAUCCGCUCCUCUUCGGUCACGACGCCGACCACUUCCGCCCGGAUCGAUUCGCAGACUUGCCCCCCGCACAUGCACACGCCAAACUGCCCCCCUACGCCACCUACUCGUUCGUCGGCGGCCCCAAAUCCUGCAUCGGAGCAAAGUUCGCACUGACCGAAAUGAAGGUCCUCAUCAUCAGCGUCCUAGCACGCUUCCAGCUCUCGCCCGAACCCGGUGUCACGAUCAAACAACACCAAGCCCUCAUCGUCCGCCCGCGCGUAGAAACAUCUUCUGGCGGCCCAGAAGCCGGCAUGCCGCUGCGCAUCAAACGCCUGCCCCACAAGGCAUCGGCCUAA